AUGAUCGUCGUAGGGUGGUUUGCGCUGCAAUGGGAACUUGUCUUCAUCAAAGCACCCAUGGUCUUCCGGUCAGCGCGGCAUUUACUGCCCGAAUGGUAUGUGCGCGGUGGUGGGAGCAGCAGUGCUCCAGUGAAAGGAUCGAUCACAUGCAAGUCUCUACGUAGUGGAUAUAUCGAUGAUCCACAAGCGUACCGUGUGAAUCCAAUGAGCGGCUCACACGCACAGGUCGCUGAGGCCUGUGAAGACCUACACAUGUCAACGAAGCUGGGCAUAGUGCUCAUGUCAUGUGAUCCAGGACGCGUCGUAUGGAACACAUUUAUGAAUUCACUACAGCAGCCUGCGACCCAUGGAGCCCUGUGGAUGUCUGAGUACAAGUCAAAUGACCCGCAGCCGGUUUUGCUUCAUAUCCAUGGGUACCCAGAGGCGGAAGAUUUCCAUCCGCUAGGUAUGGGCCUGUAUGAAGUCUCGGAGCACCAGGCGCGCUUAUUCCUGGUGAAUCAGCGCACGCAUGCAUCUACAAUUGAGCUGAUUGAUCUAGAAAGGCGUGCUGACAGCGAUGAAAGCACUGCUAACAGAAACCACAGAGCAUCAUGGCAUGCACGCUACGUGCGCACACUAUACCAUCCUAUUGCCACACACACACCGAAUGCGAUCCAUGCAGUGAAUUUGAAUGAGCUGUAUGUGACAAACUCACACGUCGUCGCCUUGCGUUCACCUCCGCGUCCAGCAUACGAAGCUGUGCUUGCAUCCCAAUUCGGGGAUGCUAUCGCUCCGCUGGUGUACAAGGUUGUGACAUAUAAGCCAUUGACAGCCAUGUGGCAAAAGCUCGAUAGUUUUAUUGGCUGGGGCUAUGUUGCCCAUGUGCACAUGGCGGGUCUAAGCCAGGAUACGGACCACGAUGGCGACGACAACGUCAACUACAAAACGGAUGCUUCCAUGCAAGCAGUUGCAGCAUCUAUGCCAGACCUACUCCAUUCUAUGCGAGGUGUGUCUGCGUUUAUAUGGGCUGGUCGUGUCCCAUUCGCGAACGGGAUUGUCGCUACGGAGAAGAACGUGAUUGUGGCGGCAACAUCGGCGCCUGGGCUGUAUGUGUAUGACCAGACGAACGAUACACAUGCUCGUCGUCAGCAGCAGCGACCAAGAGCAUUUGUACCGACGCCUUUUUUCCCUGAUAACCUUGCCGUGUCGCGAGGACCACAGCCUGACACGCUGCGCAUCGUGGUCGCAGGCCAUCCGUCGCUAAAGGAUCUCGAACACGUUGUGUCUCAUCCACAUACUCAACGGUAUGCGCCAAGCUGGGUCGUCGAGGUGUUUUAUGAUGAGAGCCUAUCAUAUACGGGCGACGAUGCAGACGUGCCAUACCCGGCGCAGAAGGCAUUGAUGACUGUGCCGAACGGCUGGCAUGUCCGCACAUUGCUUCAGACCAAUGGACGAUCGACGGCUUUGGUCCUCUCCUCUAGCUCGUCAGCCGUGUGGGACCCAACGUAUGCAGCACAUGGCUCCUUUUACGUAUCAGGGCUAUAUGAACCUGCUCCUAUCGUAUGUCGAGGGAUGUAUGCGUAG